AUGGGUUGUAAAUAUAGUAAAGUUAGUGCAGCACAUCGAUCAACAGAACGACGUCUUAAUUAUGACGGCGGUGAUGUUGAUGAUGAUGAUGAUGCUAUCAUUGUAAACUUAACUAGUGAAGAAAAUCAUAUUUCAAUUCCCGUUGCUGAUCCACAAGCAUUCAAUAAUUCGUUUGUUCAACAACGUCAACAAGCCAUCGACAAUCGAUCUUAUCAAUCAGCAAUCGAAUCGUGCCAGCCAACAUCUCUGCAACAACUUACUGACAUUAUUCAAACAUUUUCCAAAGGAAAAUCAAUUGUUGACAGCCAUUGGAUUAUAUUUUAUUGGAUUGUUCGUAACAUUCAAUAUGAUACAGGAGCAUAUAUUAGUGGGAAAUGUGGUGAUCAGUCACCGGAAGUAGUAUUUCGAAAACGAAAAGGUGUUUCUGCAGGAUAUGCUAAUUUAUAUAAAUAUUUGUGCGAUCAAUUAGAAAUCUCAUGUCAGAUAAUCAGUGGCUAUGCAAAAGGUUAUGAAUUUGAAAAUCGCAUAGAUGCUCCUACUGAAACUGAUCACACAUGGAAUGCUGUUGAGAUUGAUCAACAUUGGUAUUUAAUAGAAUCAACAUGGGGUGCUGGAUAUUUAAAUGAGCAGAGUAUUUUUCAACACGAACCAAAUUUAUAUUAUUUUUUCCCACGUCCUAACGAAAUGAUCUGUCAUCAUUUACCUGAUGAUAAUAAAUGGCAAUUAUUGCAAACUCCAAUUAACAUGACACAAUAUUUAGAAAUGCCUCACUUUCAUCCUCUUUACUUUGAUUUAAAUAUUGAAUUAGUUAGUCCACGUAAUCAAUCUCAUCUCGAUCUUAUUCCUGGCAAAUCAUAUGCUCUAGUAUUUUUGAAAGUGCCGUCAGAUGUUCAUCUUAUGGCAGAUUUAAAAUUAAACGAUCAAGUUAUUGAUGGUGGCAGUUAUAUUACGUUCGACAAACGUCAACAGAUGUCUCGUUGUUAUUUUGCACCGAUAAAAACUGGUAAAUAUAAAAUUUAUCUCUAUGGGAAAAGAGGUAAUUCAGCUGCAGGCGAAUACAGAUCUAUAUUGGACUUUGUACUUGAUGUGAAACAAAUGCCACAAAAUUCAAUUAGUUUUCCAAAAGUAUGGAAGAACUUUUCUGAAUUCGAUUUAGAAGUGAUCUCUCCUCGAGAUGCAUAUCUAAUUAAACUUGAUAAUGGAGAUAAGCAGUUAGAAAUUCUAAUAAAAUCACCCACAAAUGUUGAACUUCGCGGACAUCUUCAGAAUGAACGAAAGCAAGAAGUUAUGGGUGGACAACAGGUUUAUUAUGAUCGUCAGAAAAAUAUAUGGCGAUGCAAAUUUGCACCUGAUCGACAUGGUCUUUUCGAAGCACUUAUUAUGGCUAAGCGAAAAACUGAUCCUGACACUUAUACAUCUGUUGUUGCAUUUAAAAUUGAAGCUAAAUUCAUUCCAUCACCACCCAUAUCAUAUCCUUUCACGUGGCAGCUAUUUCAUGAUCUUGAUCUUAAAAUUGAAGCACCACGAAAUCGUUCAAGCGCCAUUUGUUCUGGCAAUGCAUCUUACACUGAAAUUCUUAUGCAAGCACCUGACGUUAUUCAACUUUCUUGUAAUAUCAAAUAUGAUAAUGUUGAAAUUGAAAAUGGUUCAUUAGCUCAAUUCAAUAAGGAAAAAAAACUUUGGCAACUUCUAUUUGCACCUGAACGAACAGGCCGACAUGAACUCAAUGUAUAUGCGAGAAAAAUUACUGAUAAAGAAUCCUCAUUAAAUGCAGUAGUCAAAUUCAAUCUUGAUGUUAGGAAACUUCAACGGCCAAUGAAAUUUCCUAUGACUUACAAUAAAUUUCAAAUAGAAAAAUGCCAAAUCUAUACACCAAUAGAGGGAAUAUUAAAGAAAGGUUCUAUUGUUCCAAUUCAUUGUGCCAUCCCAGGUGCUAAAAGUGUCAAUUUGACUGUUGAUUCACAAUUGCUCAACAAUGAAGGCUAUAGAGGUUCAAUUCUGCAGAGAGAAAUCCAAGUCGGAUCAAAAGAUGUUGUUAUCUAUGCCAAAUAUGGAAAAAACUUAUCUUUCGAUAGCUUGAUAAAAUAUACUGUUCGAUGA